AUGGAGAUCCAGACCCUAGGUGCGUUAAAUACACCGCCUCCGAUGAUGGAUCCGAGGAUCGGAAUGACAAACACUUUAUGUCCCCCGGAGUCCACGUUAUGGAUGGGCGAUAUGAAUGUAAAUUGGACAUUUGAAUUUAUUAAAGCGGCUUUUGAGAAGUUUAACUUGAAAGUGAAGAAUGUCAAGUUUGUUACAGACAAGAACACUGGAAAGGUGAGAAUUGGUGGAUAGCAAGUAUAAUAUAAUUUUAAGUUGGCAUCUUAUUGUUUUGUUGAAUUCUGCUCUGAAGAAGAUGCCAGGACCGCUUUACUACAAGUGAAUGGCCGUCAUGUUCCCAAUGACGAGGAAAAACGGAGGUUUCACUUAUCCUUUGCCAAUUCUCCUGAUCCGUAAGUUUUUUUUUCGUUAUUAUUAAUUAUUUUAGGCACCUCGAAUUCAAUUUAUUUGUCAGCAAUCUUCACAGAUCAGUCGACGAAGUAGUGUUAUUUAAGGUAAGGGUAUAAAGGGUCCUUUAAAAAUUCCAGUUGUUUGGUGAAAAAUACAAGAGUUGUCGAGGAGCAAAGGUGUACAGAAACCCUGAUGGGUCUUCCAAAGAGACCGGAUUUAUAAGGUUUAUGUCUGAAACUGAUCAACAAAUGGCGUUGGUUGAGAUGAAUAAGGUCAAAGUGAAGGGAAAGGAGUUGCAAUUGAAGUUGGCUCCACCAAAAACUCGUGUAGGAGGCGGACGAACAGCCCGAGGGGGAGGCCCUGGAUAUAGUGGACGGGGAAACCCGCCCUUCGGGAUGAGCCCGGGGGUGCAAAUGGGAUUUGGAGGUCCGGUAAAUCCAGCGUACGGACAGAUGGGUUCUCAGGUACGUUGCGGUUUGCUAUUUUUGUAAUAGUCGUUUGAAACACGCCACAUUUAUUAUUAUGUUUUAGUUCCCAAGUGCCUAUGCCGGAUUCAGUGGCGGUCCUCCAUUGACUUCUUAUAAUUCUCGAGAUUACCGUGGCAGUUCGAGGAGAGGCUUGGGUCGAGGUCGAGACAGAAGAUCAAGAUCUCCAACGCCCGAACGUCCUGAACCAAAAAUAUUUAUUGAACGUAAGUAUUUAAUUAAAAUGAAACCUGGUCGGUCGGAAAGUUUUAAUUACGUCUUUAUUUUAGCCGUUGACCCUCCCACACCUCGCGAACUGAAUGAAUUUAUUAUGCAGAAUGAAUGGGACCUUCAAAUGGCUCUCGACAAAUGCCGCUUCUCCAAAAUCUUGAUACCGACCGAUCUCAAAGCAAAGGAUCUCGGCGUUCAGCUCUAUGAAAUGAACUGA